AUGAACUUCCUGUCAAGUCUGUCUGCUUAUGCCAAACUAGUCGACCAUGGACAUCAGGCUAGCGACCUUGACACAUUCUCGAGCCAUUCCCUGGAUAAGCAAGAAGAAGUUGGCAUGUAUCAUCUUCGAAAGGGGAUGCUCGAUGAGUUGAUGAAGAAGAAUGCUAAAUUGAUCGAUAAGCUCUCGAACAAGCGGAUUCACCAUGAUGCUAGGAUGUUCGAGAUGAAGGAGAGUAUGUUUACGCUGAAGAGUUCAAUUGGCCAAAAAGAUGAUGAGCUCAAGUCUAUUGUUACUACCCUGCUCGAACUCAAAGAGGCCUACUUUCACCACGAACACAAGUAUGCCGUUCUUGCCCAAAACCGUGCAAGCUGCUAG